AUGGCUUUUCUUGCCUUGGCUGUUGCCUGCAUCCUGUCGUCUGCAACCUCUCAGCGGCAGGACUGCUCUGGUUUGGAUUGUGAGUUUGCAGCUGACCAUGCGAACCACUUCCAGCUGCUCCAGUACACGAUGUCUGCACGUGGUGGUCAAGACUUCUCCGAGUGGAUCGGGAAAGGUGGGAAUCUCAUCAGGUCGGGGUCAACGUCGGCGAUCCCGCCGAAACUGUCGGCGGGUCCCACCUGGUCCUGGACGGCUCCGAACCAUGGAAUUGUGCGUGGAUCGCCCAUAGUGGAUUCCAAGGGUGCCAUCUAUCAGUCAUCCAUUGACGGCGAGCUGUUGAAAUUCUCGCGGCAGGGCAGCCUCCUGUGGACUUUCAGCACGCAGGGAGUCCCUCUGCCCGGCAAUCCCGUGCUCCUGAAUGGCGUCCUUUACAGCAUUGAUACACAUGGCAAGAUGUUUGGUGUUGGCUCCGACGAUGGGAAGCUCCUGUGGCAGACGGCAGCCUGCGAAGUUGCCAGCGGGGAUACGCACACCAUCAUUGCCGGCGAAGGGCUGGUUCUUGCUUCCUGCUUGAACAAGAACGAGACAGCUACUUUUGGGUCCGCGACCACGGUGGUUGCGUGCAAUGCCACGGAUGGGGCCGUUCUCUGGAAGUUCCGCCCAGACCAGCACGUGUACAAUUGGAUUGGAUCAAUUCAGAGCGGAUCCCUUCUCUUCUCGGACGCCUUGGGGGGCACCUACCGAUUGAGACUGAAAGAUGGGUCGGUCGUCUGGAAGAACCCUGCUCCCAGCUCGGCUGUUACCACCACAGGCGGCUUGACAGGGGCCAGCAAUGGCCUGGCCUAUGUCACCAGCAACUUGGAUGGAAGUACGAAAGCCGGGCUGCUGACAGCCUUCUCUGCGGAAGACGGCCAUCUUGUGUGGCAGAGGACGUUUCCCAAGUUUCCGGCGAACUCCGGCCCGGCGGUCGUGACGCAUGGGGACCGACCAAUGGUUGUGGUCGCUAUCGGGACGAACCCUGGCCUGUACUUGGUCGCGGGGGCUGUGCUCGACUUGGACCCGUUUGAGCACAGUGCGGACCAGCGGCAUCCCUCCAAGGCGGUGGCUCUGGAUCCCCAGACGGGGCAGAUCAUCUGGGAGUACGACUUCCCUGACUGGCAUGGGGCCGCGGCUGGUGACCGAUUCAACCACAGCUGUCUGCCGGACUCGUGGGCCAAUCCCGUCAUCGCUGGGGAUGGUGCUGUCUUUGUGGCCGGCAUGUCUGGCAGAGUCUACCGCCUCAUCGACACGGAUGGAAAUGGAAAGUUGGAGGCAGAACGUGGCGAGGUCUCGGAUUUUGAUACUGGCAAUGCCUUCCAGGCAGCCCCAGCGAUCUCGGAAGGCGUGCUGCCAAAUUGGCUGGGCAGAAAGAAGCGUGCUGGUCCAGCAUGUUGGGGGCUACAGUGGGAGGACCUAAAUCAGGACCUCCUCAUGUUGGCCCAUGAGAUGGUGAAGGUGGCCGAGGAUGGACCGGGCGACGCCAUGGUCCAGACAGCAGGUCAGGUCACAGACGCCCUCUGGCGGCAGUUGAACCUGGACGCCUUGGAUGCGCUUCUUCUUCGCUGGCACUGCUGGCGCGACCGCCAGGGGUUGCAGAGUUUGGGAAGCCGCGACGCGGAUUUUGGCCCCGAGGACCUGGAGGAUCUCCAGGAGGCUGUGCGGAAGGAGCUAAACUGGCACCCUUCGGAGCUCUCGUACCACCUCGUGCAGGUCGUGGUGGUGGCGGAAGGCCUGGUGGCGCGGCGGAUGCCUCACAGGCGCCCAAUUCUCACCGCCAAGCUCCCCGCUGGCAUCGUGAAUGGUGAGCAGGUCCAAGUGAUGGUCCAAGCUGCUCAGCAGGCUGAUGGCACCCCGUCCGACGAAGUGCGAGUCAGCCUUGUCAAUGCGAAUGGUGAGGAGAUCGGGGCGCAGCAGAGCCGCAUGCACCUGAUCGGAAAUGCGGAGGAGCUCCUCCGUGCCUUCUCCUCGGAAGAGCUGCCCAGGGAAGAGGGCGCCGAGGGAUCCCCGAUUCCCAAAUUCACGGGUCUUGGCCCGGUUGGCAUCGGCACACCCGCUCGCAUCCAGCAGGACUCUGCCAUCGGCCCAUCAUCUGCCGAAGCCCAGCUGAGCUCGGGGCAUGCUCAGCGGGUGAGCCUCGUGCCAGCUUCCCACUGCUACUGCCUCCUGAUCGCGCCCACUGCAGCCGUGUUCAUCGACGUGCGCCCGAAGAGCCUCUUCAACCAGAGCCACCUUUUUGGGGCGUGGUCCGUGGAGGUGUUGAGGAAGGCGGGCAGCCAUGCCGCCAUCAGGUCUCAAUGUGACCUCAAGUGGCUGGUGAUCGUAGGCGCCCAUGAAAGGCCGCUGGAAGACGAGGGUGUGCUCGAGGUCCUGGAGCUCAUCCGCGAUCUCGGGGUCCGUCCCAUCUCCCAACGGCCGCUGCUUCUUCUUGGAGGGGUGGGGGAGUUUCAGAGGCGUUUUCCCUUUUGCAUGCGCCCUGCUGGCAAAGAACAGCAGAAGCCUCUGCCCUUAUGCCCGGCAGAGGUGGUCGAACCCGGUCAGGCAUCCGUUGUCAAGGGCGUCCGAGCUGCCAAGAAGCGAGCUCUGUACCUUGGCACUCUGGCUUGCUUGAGCAUGAAGAAUUCGGAAGCCUCGCGCGCCCUGAAGAUCUCUGCCGCCGUGCGCAUCGUGGAGGCGAGCUCGGAAGAUCCCGAUGGCCCGAUGCUGCCCGGCCUCAACCUUUCGGACGUGCGUGUGCCUUCGCCAAUUCCUCGGAGCCUUGAAGUAGAGGCUCAAAAAGAGGGAGAUGACAGCAAGAUCAGCACAAGCUCGUUCGAUCUCACCGCGCAGGCGGUAGCGUCGGCCGCCCUGGAAGCCUCCAACCGAGCCCUGUCCAUGGGAGUUCCCUGCCUCCUCUGUGGGCCUUGGAGCUCCGUGGCUGCCGCACUCUAUGUCAGCCGCCUGAAGCCGUGGACGGGCGACGAGCUCAUUGCCUUCAUCAAGGAUCGAUGCCCGGAGGCCUGGAGCCACCUCGCUUCUGAGGCGCUCCGUCUGGGCCUGGAGAUCUUGCAGCCACGGGGCGCGGCCACAAGCGCAACGCCGCGUGGCGAGCGGGCGGAAGUGGAGCAACUGCAACAGCAGCUCGCCCAGCGCCUGCGCCUGCGACAGGAGGAGGCCAGCCGCACCCUGCGAACGGUCAGAGUGGCUCUUGACAAGGUCUCGGCUGAGCCCAGCGAGGAGAAGUGGCGCCGGCUCAAAGCCAGCAACGAGCGGGUUGGCCGGGAGCUCCUCAGCCACCCUGAGGCCGUAGCCAUGCUGAGAAAAGCUGGCUUCGUCUCGGAGGAGACCUCGGGCGACCUGGUGCUGCCUGCUUCGGCUCCGCUCGAGGCUGUGCGGCGGGUUCUCCUGGCACUUCCGUCGCAAGACCGGGCAGCGCAGGGUGUGACUCUGCCGCAUGCCUGUGACGAGUGCACGACCUCGCCGCCUGCCGGCAUGGUAGAGGCCGAGCGCAGUUCCGCGGAGAAGUCUCCGCGGAUGAAUGGCGCAUCGGCAGCUGCUGCGAAAGGAGUGCUUCCGGUUAGCGAGCCAACGUCGGUGCUUUCGGCAUCGGCGGCUGGCAACAUGGCAAGGUUUUGGCACAGCUGUGCCCUGUGUGCCGCGUUGAUCAUGCCGCUACUGAUGACACCUCCGCUCUCGGACACGUCAGAUGAGGAGGUGGCUGAAGAUCCAACCGGCCAGUACUUGCAAGUAGGGGCCACCUUCUUCGCGGUGGCUGUCAUGGUCUGGACGUUUGUGGCGGCCUGGCUGUGCUACAGCGGGCCUCUAACGGAAGGCGUGCUGGCCAAGAAGACGGGCCUAGAAGGUGAGAGGACAGAAGGCGAGCCCUCCGAUCUCUCCGAGAGUGUCCUCCAGAGAGUAGCGCAAGGUUUUGCAGACUUCAUCAUCGAAAACAGCAGAAAGGAGGAUCCAGCAGGUGGUCAAAUGCGAAGCCUGGACUUAGCGAAGUUCGAGGAGCUGGUUGCAGUUGCUCCCGCAGCUGCGGCAUCGGCGCUUUAUGGCUACAAGGGCUGUAGUGGGCCAUCCAAGGAGGCGAAGGAGAAAGACAUCUCCUACGGAGGGAAGGACGUUUCCAAGUGCAGUGCCUCCGACAAGAAGUCACAAGGCGCACAGCUGUCGCGGGAGUUUUCGGCUGUAGGUAAAACCAAGAAAAUGGACCAGUUCCUAUGA